AUGGGAUUAGCGGCAGCAAGAACUAAGCAGAAAUUUGGGCUCGAUCCUAGAAAUACGAACUGGUUUCGUGAUACAGAGAGAUUCGGACAUCGACAUCUUGUGAAUAUGGGAUGGGAACCAGGUCAUGGAUUGGGUAAAGUGAGCAAUUCUAUAACCUCGCAUAUUAGAGUUAAGAUAAAGAGAGACAAUAUGGGAUUGGGUGCAGAUCUUGGCAGAAACAAGAGCGUGAAUGGAAAUGAAAUAAAUGCAGACGGAAAUACAUACCUUGAUAAUUUUCAGAAGUUGUUGGGACGUUUAAAUGGUCAUGAAGAUGAGAUUAAUGAUGCAGUUGAAAAGAAGAGACAGGAUAGAAUAAUAAGUGGAAGAUGGGGAAUUGACUUUGUCAAAGGUGAAACCGUGAGCAGCACGUGGGAUAAAGAACAGAAAAAAAUGAUACAGAAAGAAACCGAAUCUGCUCGUAAGAGAAAGUCAUCUACAAAGGAAACGUUGUGCAAAAGACGAAAGAUAAGCAAAGUGGAAGGAAUGGAUGAAGAUGAACAACGAUUGCAUCGCCAUAAACACCAUCAUCAUAAGUCAAAGAAGACUAGAUUAGAUGGAAAAGUCAGUCAGAAGAAACAUCACAAGCAUAGUCAUUCAGUUGAAAAAGAGAAAAAGAAAUCUCAAGGUGAUAAGCAUGAGAAUCAUCAUCAUCACCACCACCAUCAUCAUCAUCAUUCAUCAUCAAAAGAUAACGAUAAAGGAGACAGUUCAAGCAAAAAGAGAAAACACCCUACCACUAGCGAUUCAGAGACCGGAGAAACACAACAAAUGGGUACUGUUCUUCAAAGUAAAAUGGCACUUCGUUCCAAGUGGAUUAAACAAAAGCGUGCGGCAGUGAUGGACAAGAAGGCGCUACAGGAAAUAUUCAUGGUGAGGUAG